AUGCGGUUCAACGCAGCAAUCGCCCCGGCCAUCUAUGCAUCGGCUCUUCUCGCCGGCACAGCAUUCGCUCAAGAGGAGGCAGAGACGUCAACGAGUGCUGUCGAACGCCCAACUUUCACUCCCACAGAUCUGAAGGCGCCCUUCCUAGAACAGUUCACCGACGAUUGGGACACAAGAUGGACUCCUUCGCAUGCUAAAAAGCAAGAUUCCAAGAGCGAUGAGGAUUGGGCAUAUGUCGGUGAAUGGGCGGUCGAAGAACCGACUGUCCUCCCGGGCAUUGUCGGCGACAAAGGCUUGGUUGUGAAGAACGCAGCUGCUCACCAUGCCAUUUCAGCAAAGUUCCCUUCUGUCAUCAACAACAAGGGCAAGACUCUUGUCGUUCAAUAUGAGGUUAAGCUACAGAAUGGUCUUGAGUGUGGUGGUGCAUAUAUGAAACUGCUCCGCGAGAACAAGGAGCUGCAUGCAGAGGAGUUUUCCAACGCCUCUCCCUAUGUGAUCAUGUUUGGCCCUGACAAGUGCGGAGCUACCAACAAGGUCCACUUCAUCUUCCAGCAUAAGAACCCAAAGACGGGCGAAUAUGAGGAGAAACACCUGAAGAGUCCGCCUCAAGCCAAGACUGGCAAAGUCACUACCCUCUAUACCCUCAUCGUCAAGCCGGAUAACACUUUCGAGAUGCUGAUCGACAACAAGUCCGCCAAGAAUGGAAGUCUGCUCGAAGAUUUCUCUCCUGCAGUCAACCCUGAGAAGGAAAUUGACGAUCCAAAGGACAAGAAGCCAGAGGAUUGGGUGGAACAAGCUCGCAUUCCCGAUCCAGACGCUGUCAAGCCCGAGGAUUGGGAUGAGGACCAGCCUUACGAGGUGGUCGACGAGGAGGCUGAGAAACCCGACGACUGGCUCGAGGAUGAACCUUCAACGAUUCCUGACCCAGAGGCUGAGAAACCAGAAGAUUGGGAUGACGAAGAAGACGGAGACUGGAUCCCUCCUCAAGUGCCCAACCCAAAGUGCGACGAAGUCUCUGGCUGCGGCAAAUGGGAACCUCCGAUGAAGAAGAACCCUCUCUACAAGGGCAAGUGGACUGCACCAUUCAUCGAUAAUCCUGCCUACAAAGGACCAUGGGCACCACGCAAGAUUCCAAACCCCGAUUACUUUGAGGACAAGACUCCUUCCAACUUCGAGCCCAUCGGAGCAAUUGGAUUCGAAAUCUGGACCAUGCAGUCCGACAUUACUUUCGACAACAUCUAUAUUGGUCACUCCAUUGAAGACGCGGCGGCCUUCCGCGCCGAAACUUACGACGUCAAGCGAGCCAUUGAAGACGCCGAGGAUGCGAAGAGCAAGCCCACACUCGAAGACCUUCCGAAAUCUCCCUCCGACCUUAAAUUCAUGGACGACCCAGUCACUUUUGUUAAAGAGAAACUCGAUCUCUUCAUCACCUUGGCCAAGAAGGAUCCGGUUGAAGCCAUCAAGUUCAUGCCCGAGGUUGCAGGUGGAAUUGGUGGUGUCUUGGCGCUGUUGAUCGCUGUCAUCGUCGGUCUCACAAGCAUGGGCGGGUCAGCCCCCGUUCCCAGCAAGGAGGAUGUCAAGAAGGCUGCGCAGAAGGCGAAGGAUACUGCCACCGAUGUCAAGGAGAAGGUGCAGGAUGCUGCAGCCAGUGGUGCCGAGACGGCGAAGACCGAGGCCAACAAGAGAGUUACUCGAUCGAGCGGCAACUCCGAGUAG